CUCAGCUCCAUCCUGCCCUCCAAAUUGACCAUGGACCAGUGGCUAGAGACCUUGCUGCCACUAGACCUCUGCAACCCAACGCGGACUCUGGUGGUGACUGAGGAGAUGAUUCUGCACGAGAGCAAACACCUGUCCCUUAAGGUGACAGUGUUCAUCUAUACGGACCUGAUGCUUGUCACCAGGGAGGACGAGCCGGGCCGCUGCAACGUGCUGCAGAACCCCCUCUUCCUCCAGCACCUUCGGCUGCGUGACGAUCCCACAGAAGAACUGAAGUUCUACAUCAUUCACAUGACAGAGAAGUGUGACUGCCUUCUCAGCCUGGAAGCGUACUCGGCGGAGCAGAAGCGCAGGUUCUGCCAGUGUCUGGGGGACCACAUCGAGAAGCAGUUGCAGCGGCGAGAGACGCCCAGCACCACCGAGAAGAUGCUGGAGCCCAAGGCCGACAUGCAGCGUGAGCUAGGAGGCCAACGGAAGCCGGAGGAGGAGAACACACCCAGCAGCCCCUCGGAGCCCCCCGCCCCAGGCAGCCCCCCGCCGGAGGACCUCCUCACUCCUAUCGAGGAGGUGCGUACAUCACCGGAGGACGAGCACAAGGUGCCACCCACCCCGCCACCAUCCACCGAAGGCGAGGAUUGCAAGAGCACCGAGGGGGAGGUCUGGCAGGAGGCUGGAGAGAUGGAAGAGGAGAAGGAGACUGAGGAGGUGGCCGGGGAUCGAGACAGACUGGAGGAGGAUGAGGCGGAGCAGCGGGGUGAAGAGGACAACGGAUCGGAAGCGGCCGACACGGGAGCCCUGCCCUCUUCUUCCUCCUCAUCCUUCGUGAUCCCCGAGCUGCGCUUGGACCGCUCCUUCAGCGCCGACGCGCUCUCCUCCCCGGCCACGGACGACGAGAACUACGGGGAGGAUGAGGAGGAGGAUGAUGAGGAGGACGACGAGGAGGACGACGAGGAGGAUGAUGAGGAGGCAGAAGAUAGCGACGACUAUCUGGAGCGGCGCGACAGCAAGCGGCGCAGCGUGGCAGAGGCAGCGCCCUGCGAGCGGUACGGGGGUGCGGGAGGAGGAGGAGGGGCGGGGCUCAGCGUGCAGGGCUCCUUGCGGAGGCGCACACACAGCGAGGGCAGCCUGCUGCAGGAGCCACGCGCUCCUUGCUUCGCAUCUGAUGACGCCAUCAACCGCCUGGACGCCGGAGUCCCACGCAAGGCUGGCUGGAGCCUGCCCUCACCCAGGACCCUCAAGAAGGAGCUGACCAAGAACGGGGGGUCCAUGCACCAGCUGUGCAUGCUGCUGUCCGGGAGGAAGCUAAGCGGCGGAUCUGACUGCAGCUGCGACGUCGGCCCCGACGGCACCAAGAAGAAGAAAUCGAAGAACCUGGCCAAAGACAUGAAGAAUCGCCUGGCCUUCCUGCGCAGGAGGAAUGAAUCCUCUGGAAGUGGUCCGGCCGGCAAGCUGGACAAAGCCAUGAAGUCUGUCAAGCCCACCCCAGAAGAGGCACUAAAGUGGGGCGAGUCCUUGGACAAGCUGCUGGCCCACAAAUAUGGCUUGGCUGCCUUCAAAGCAUUUCUGCGAACGGAGUUCAGCGAAGAGAACCUGGAAUUCUGGCUGGCAUGUGAGGAGUACAAGAAGAUCAAGUCGCAGUCCAAGAUGGCUUCUAAAGCCAAGAAAAUAUUCGCAGAAUACAUUGCUAUCCAGUCCUGUAAAGAGGUGAAUCUGGACUCGUACACUAGGGAGCACACCAAGGACAACCUGCAAAGCAGCUCACGUUCCUGUUUUGAUCUGGCUCAGAAGAGGAUAUAUGGCCUCAUGGAGAAGGACUCCUAUCCCCGGUUCCUGCGCUCAGAACUGUACGUGGACCUCAUCAACCAAAAGAAGCCCAACUCCAUGUCGACGUCGUCCUCGUCAUCGUAAGAGCAGCAAGCACAGAGAGACAGAGAAAAAGAACAGAGACUCGAGAAAGCAGGGAAUCGAGUUCAUUUAGUGUUUAGUUUCAUUUCUCCAUUCCGUCUCUGCAACGACUUGAGAGAUGGGAGGCGCUUGGAGGGAUGUUUACAUGCAGAUAGACUGAGACCCCCUUGUGUGGGGGUGAGGGUCUGGCGAGAUUUGCCAAGACGGACUGCCCUGGGGCCCAGAACCCAGGUGGGAGCUGGAGGCCUCUGCCAUCACUGUAAGCAGUUAUUGUAUUGUUAUUUAAUUUUUCCGGACAUACUGGAGAAAGGACAGGGCUCCAAGAGGGGGCCCAGAGAUAAAUGGACAGUCCGGUACUGUGUGUUUCAAUAGCCCAGCCAUUCAUCCUGUGGAACCCCUUAAAUGCUGUUGGUACAACGAAGUUGCAUUCUUUGCCGCUUUUUUUUACAUUUCAAAAUGCAUUUCCCAUCCUUUCCAAGUCAUUUUAGUAGGCGAUCCCUUGGAUCAGUGAACUGGGGGAUGUCCACCCUCUACCCAACCCUGAUUUUCUGUCAAUGCUUCCUUUCUUGGUUUUGUGAGGAGUCCUUCCUGUAACAUUUGUCCAAAGAAUACGGCGCUAUAUAUAUAUAUAUAAUGUAUGUAUGUAUAUGUGUGUGUGUGGGGACAGAGAGAAGAGAGAUGUCAACGGACUAAACUGCAAAAGAAAAAAGACUAAACAGCAAAAGAAAAUGGGAGUUUGUUGUGUUUGAAUGUUUCCUCUUCCCAGUGGAUCUUGGACAGAUCUCCAAAGACUUUAAUAUGCUUCAUACAGUACAUGUUCUGUAAAGCCAAUAAGCAUUUCAUUGUAGCUAGAGCUCGACUGGAUGAGACAGUAUUCUCAGGACAUUAUAGCACUCAACUAUGAAGCUUGUGUUUGUGUCUUUAAAAAUUUCUUUUAUACUUUUUUUUUUUUUUUUUUUAAAUCACUUUUUUGGUUAAAAUAAAGUCUACACUCCAUAAGUAUACGGGGCAGUGUAAGUGAGAGUUUGCCCUUUUCAGUGGAAAGAAAGCGCUUUACCAGUACAGAGGCUUGCCUAUUUAUUUAGAGACCUUGCUGCAGAAUGCUUCUUGCACUCAACUGAAAGUGACCGCACCCCCCCAAGUCCUCCAAUGUCCUGAUUUUAAGUGCAAUACUGUUUUUUUUUUUUUUGGAAUAAGUUUGUUUUUUUAAUUUUAUUUUGAGUUGGACAAUGGACUGAGCUCUGUGUUACAUUUUAUUUGUUAAGAGCUGUUACAGAUUCGGCUCAAGUGUCAGUUAACGGAGAAGCAAGUUAUGGUUCUAACUGCGUGUGUUUCCCUGGCAGCAGGCAGCUGGGGGGUAAAGGUUGUAAAUAUUCUUAAGAAAAAGAGAAACAAAGAAAAAAAAAACAAAUUUCAUAAUAAUAACAUGAAAAUAUGGUUGUAACUAUGUAAAUACGAGAGACUCAAAACUAUAAAAUAAUGUGUAUGUUUAUAAAUAAAUGAGGUAGGGUUUCACUCUUCCUUGUCAUUCACUGCUUGUUAGGAGUUUUAUGAAAUGUAUUUUACCAUUUUCACUGUUUACAGAUAAAUGCAUCUCCUAAAAUAGCAAGCAAAAGAAAGAAAAAGAAUCGUUUGGUGUCAUUGCAGAAGGACAAUAAAUCAACUGACUGGGAUGGAAAUUGA